AUGUGGAGGCCUAUAGCGAGACGAGCUUCGCUCUACCGGCGGGCGGCGGCGCCGGGAAUGCGCCCUGCCAUCCAUCUUCGUCGAGCACACCACAACGAAGGAGUACCAUUACCAACAAAAGCUCUCGAAUCCGCUUCUCGUUUCUCGUUUUUCUCGAGAUCGUCCCAUUUCCGUAUAAACCCUAGAUUGUUCACGACCUCAGCUCAGAAUCACGAUGACCCGCCCUCCGAGCCAUUUGCUGAUGAAGUCUCUGGUGGUUUUGAUUUCGGCGCACCUGAUGCGUUCGACGAAAUUUCAAAGCUUAAAUUUGGAAACGAAGGUUCAAUCUUUGACGGUGCUGCAGGUGAUAUUGAAAUGGAUCAGGGCUCUGUUGAAAAUCUCGAAGGCUCAGUUGCUGUGGAUGGAAAUUUGGAUGCAGGGGAUGAGAGCUCAGGGAAAGUACGGGGUAAUGAUCCUGAAAAGGUGGAGAAUUUGUUGGCUAUGCUUGAGGGCUGUGGUACUGGUGAUGGGUUCCUAGAAUCUCGUAUGGAAGAGAUGGAUUUAGCUUUGGAUCAAGAAUUAGUGUUGAAGGUUCUCCAGGCCCCGUUUGUUCCUGGGGAGAAUUUAAUCGCUUUUUUCAAGUGGGUUUUGAAUAAACAGGAGUUUAAGCUGAGUCCAGUGGUUCUAGAUUCACUUGCUAGUGCAGUGUGCACUGGCAUUGGUAUCAGGGAAAGAGAUGCAUACGAUUUAUGGGAUUUGCUGAAGGAGAUUGGGGAGAAGAAGGAGAAGGGUAUUGUGAGUACUGAGAGCUUAAACGCGUUGCUCACGGGAUUCUCGAGGCUGGAGAAAGGGAAGGAGGCAUUUGACUUGUUCAAUAAGUUUGAGGAGUUUGGGUGCCCCUUGAAUGCCGAUACAUACUAUUUAACUCUCGAAGCCCUCUGCAAGAGAUCCUUCUACAGCUGGGCGAGCUUGGUCUGUGAUAAGAUGCUGAAUGCAGAUAUGCUGCCGGAUCCCAAGAGAGUUGGGAAGAUAAUUUCCUUUUUCUGCAAAGGAGGCAUGGCAAAAGAUGCCCAUUUGGUUUAUGUGUUUGCCAAGGAUAAGAAAAUCCAUCUGUCUCAGUCAUCCAUUGACUUCUUAAUUAUUUCUCUAUCUCGAAUAGUGAAGGCCAGUAAGCGGGCCGGGAAGAAAAUCGAUUCUGAACUCGACCGAGAAACUGUCUCAUUGGCUCUAGAGAUGUUGGGUGAUUACUCGGCCGAAAUUCGCAAACGCGCAACUAAGCCCUUCACGAGUGUCAUUCAGAAGCUAUGUUGGAUUCAAGAUGUGGGCCGGGCCAAAAAGCUGCUCCUUGAGAUGGUUGACUUGGGCCCGCCUCCUGGAAAUGCUGUGUUCAAUUGUGUGAUUAGUGGGCUUGCCAAAUCUGAGGAUACAGAUGGGGCCCUGAAUAUGAUGAGGCUGAUGGAGAAAAGGGGGUUGAAGCCCGAUUUGUACACUUACAGCGCAAUUCUGAGUGGUUUUGCAAAAAAUGGCGAAAUGGAGCAUGCGUGCAAGAUUUUUGAUGAGGCCAAGAAGAACCACUCGAAAUUGACCCCGAUUGUGUACCACAUUUUAAUCCGUGGGUUUUGCAAGCUCGAGCAAUUUGACAAGGCUGUGGGUUUGUUGAGGGAGAUGAGGGCGCAUGGGGUGAACCCUAAUCACGAUGAGUACAAUAAGCUGAUUAAGUCUCUUUGCUUUAAGGCUUUGGAUUGGGAGACUGCUGAGAGAUUGGAGGAGGAGAUGAGGUCGAAUGGGGUGAUUCUAAACGGAAGGACAAGGGCUCUUAUUGUUGCCACCAAGGAGUUGCAGGAAGAAGCAAGUGCUGAAGAACUAACUCCUGCGUAA